AUGACAGCCGAAGUCUCGCAUGGGAGAGGCGGGGCAGGAAACAUGGCCGCCGACGAUACUCCGUACGUCGACGGCGAGGUCGUAAGGGCCGGCCCCGAGGGCUCUCACGGAACGGGCGCAUUCAGCUCUGGUAGAGGAGGAGCCGGAAACAUUGCCGACACCAACAGUGAGCCCGCCCCGCGUGCCGACAAGGACGUCGUCCCCGAGGAGGCCUACCGCCCUUCGACCGAGGGCCAGGAUUACCAUGUCGGCCGGGGCGGUGCAGGCAACGCCGUCGAGACAGAAAAGUUGGCCACGCACAAGGACAUUGACCACGAGAAGAAGGCCGCUGCUCAGGCCCGCGCCGAGGGCUCGGCCGGCGUCAGUGUUGCUGACAAGCUCAAGGCCAAGGUCCUCGCACCCUUCCACAAGAAAUAA